AUGGCAGUAUCACGAACAACAUACCUCAUCACAGGCGCGAACCGGGGGAUUGGCCGUGGACUCGCAGACCUUUUCCUCUCCCGGCCCAACACAGCCUUAAUCGCACUGUUUCGCGACCCCGAGGACGAGACGAGCAAGUCCCUCGCCGCCUCAGCAUUCGCUGACAACACCGCCGUCAUCGUCCUACCUUACGAGGCCCAAAAUCCCGAUUCAGCAGCGUCCGCACUCGACACGGCCCAGAAAUCCCACACAUGGCACGGCCCUACCGUCGACGUCACGCCGGAAGCCAUCAAUCAACACAUUGCGAUUAACACGAUCGCGCCUCUCCUCUCGUUCCGCGCGUGUUUACCUCUUUUACAAGUCCCAUCUCCGUCUCGCUCGGGGCCUGCAAAAUUCAUCGCCAUCUCCUCCGAGAUCGGGUCCACGACAAACCAGCCAAAGCUCUCCCAUGCGCGCAGCUUACCGUAUGGACUCAGCAAAGCGGCGCUGAACCACACGUUUCGCAAGCUGAGCACAGAGUAUCCCAACAUGGUGGUGGAGAUGUUAACCCCGGGUCCGGUAUUGACGGAUCUGAUGCGCGAACUUCGCGGAAUGUUUGAUCAGGUGGUCAAAGAGAAUCCGAAGCUGCUAGAGCGCUUUCAGCCGAUUGAUAAAGUGUGUAAGGGGUUGAUGGAGUGCAUUGAUAAUGCGAGCUUGAGUUUCGGGGAGAAUGGGAGCGUGACCGGGACCAGUGGUGGAUUCAGGGACUGGAAGGGGGAUGUUAUUCCUUGGUGA